GAGGAAGCAGAGCUCCAUCAGAUGAAAUGAGGUGAAAGUAAUUCAGGCAUUAAUCAAGCCAGGGCAAAAGGGAGGGUGUACUUUUUUUCUCCCCCCUCUUUCGCUGCGGAACCCGAAGCAAGGCAAGGUGUGAAUGAAGGAGCCUACAGUGGCCAGCAGAGAAGCAGCACUGGGUCACAGCAUCAAAUCAUGUCCGAGUCGAACACCAAUGCCGCUUCCACCGCAGACCAGAACGGAGCAGUUCCAGGCGAGCCAGUGAAGAGGGAUGAAAACUCACGAAGAGGGAACUGGGGCAACCAGAUUGAGUUUAUCCUUACCAGUGUGGGCUAUGCUGUGGGCCUGGGCAAUGUCUGGAGGUUUCCCUACCUCUGCUAUAGAAAUGGAGGAGGUGCUUUCAUGUUGCCCUACUUCAUCAUGCUGGUGUUCUGCGGCAUUCCCCUCUUCUUCCUGGAGCUGUCCUUCGGUCAGUUCGCCAGCUUGGGUUGUCUUGGAGUCUGGAAGAUAAGCCCAAUGUUCAAAGGCGUGGGCUAUGGCAUGAUGGUGGUUUCCACCUACAUUGGCAUCUACUACAACGUGGUUAUCUGCAUCGCCUUUUACUACUUCUUCUUGUCCAUGACCAAUUUACUGCCAUGGACGUACUGCAACAACCCCUGGAACACACCAGACUGCAGCGGCGUGGUGGGCAGCAGCCCCCGUUUCAACGCCAGCCUGGCUAACGCUACCUCCAGCGUGGUGGCAUCUGUGUCCGAGGUAGUCAACCGCACAAAGAGGACCAGCCCCAGUGAAGAAUACUGGAGAAACUACGUGUUGAAAAUCUCAGAUGACAUCGGUAACUUUGGAGAGGUACGUCUUCCUAUCCUCGGCUGCCUGGCCGUGUCCUGGCUGGUCGUCUUCUUCUGUCUCAUCAAGGGCGUCAAGUCCUCAGGAAAGGUGGUGUACUUCACAGCCACAUUCCCCUAUGUUGUUCUGACCAUCCUGUUCAUUCGAGGCAUCACCCUGGAUGGCGCCAUCAACGGCAUCAUGUACUACCUGACCCCACAGUGGCAGAAGGUCCUCGAUGCCAAGGUAUGGGGAGAUGCUGCGUCACAGAUCUUCUACUCUCUGGGCUGUGCUUGGGGCGGCCUCAUUACCAUGGCUUCCUAUAAUAAGUUCCACAACAAUUGUUUCAGGGACAGCAUCAUUAUCAGUGUUACCAACUGCGCAACCAGUGUCUAUGCUGGCUUUGUCAUUUUCUCCAUCCUGGGGUUCAUGGCCCACCACCUGAACGUCCCCGUGUCCGAGGUGGCCGAUCACGGCCCAGGGCUGGCCUUUGUGGCCUACCCAGAAGCCCUCACUCUGCUGCCCAUCUCGCCACUCUGGUCCCUGCUCUUCUUCUUCAUGCUCAUCCUUUUGGGACUGGGGACUCAGUUCUGUCUGCUGGAGACGCUGGUCACGGCUAUUGUUGAUGAGAUUGGCACAGACUGGAUUAUGAAGCACAAGACUGUAGUCACGCUGGGAGUGGCUGUUGUUGGAUUCCUACUGGGAGUUCCACUAACGACACAGGCAGGAAUCUACUGGUUGUUACUGAUGGACAACUAUGCUGCUAGUUUCUCUUUGGUCAUCAUCUCCUGCAUCAUGUGCAUCUGCAUCAUGUAUAUUUACGGUCACCGGAACUACUUUAAAGACGUAGAGAUGAUGCUGGGCUUCCCUCCUCCUCUCUUCUUCAAGGUCUGCUGGAGAUUCAUCUCUCCUGUCAUUAUCUCCUUCAUCCUGAUCUUCACAGUGAUCCAGUACAAGCCCAUCACCUACAAUGAUUAUGUGUAUCCUGGCUGGUCCCUGGCUAUCGGCUUCGCCAUGGCCAUGUCAUCUGUGAUCUGCAUACCCAUCUAUGCCCUCUACAAGAUCUCAAAGUCACCAGGAGCGACCUUCAGAGAGCGGUUGAAGAAUGCAUGCCGGUCACACCCCAAGUGGGGCCCGGCGCUGCAGGAGCAUCGGACAGGCCGCUACGCACCGAUGGCUUCCGAAGACAACGUGGAUGCUCGUCCCCUCAAGGAGAAGGAGGAGUUGAAAGAGGAAGAGAAGGAGAGGGAGAAGGAGAAAGAGAGGAAGGAUGAGAUCAGCCUCACCAUCCAGGGAAGCAACGGCUCCACCAACACACACAACAACCCCACCUCCAGCGCAUAGAGGGCACCCAGCUCUGUCGGUGCUGCCUGGCACAGCCCCAUGCCCCACCAUCUGCUCCUCCUCCUCCUCCUCCUCCUUUUUCCUCCCUGUCCCCACACCUCCAUCCUCAGCCCUCACUUCUCCUCACCCCACUUUCCCACAGUCCUCUGUGGGGGAGAUCCCAUUCGCUGGAGACCUUUACAUAUUGUAAGGGCUUAUUAUGUCUAUCCUAACCUCCUCUGUCUAUCUGUUUGUUGUCUCUAGAAAAAAGUGAGAAAGAAAGAAAAAAAUGGUUCAUCAUCCAAAAGAUUUUUGUAGGGGGUGGUUUAUUUGUUGGUUUCACAUAAUUUAAUAUUGCAGUUUGUUUUUCCUUUCAUUUUUUUUUUUUUUUUUUUUUUUUUUUUUGUAAAACUUGUAUGCGUCAUCUACAUAUGCAGUUGGAGUUAGAUUGUGUUGAAAUACUGGCUGCGAGGGUUUGUUUAGGGCGUGCAGCAACUUAGUAGCACAACAGUGGAAGACCAUUUUUUCCUUUAUUCUGUUAGCUGGGUCGAUUUGGAAUUGGCAACUUUCCAGUGACAGUUGAGGAGAGAGGUAUGCUAUGACUGCACUGGCCACUUACAGCUGGUGUUAACGCUGAGCUGAUCUAUGAGAUUCAGCGGCAGUCAAUGGCCAGAAAAAAAAAAAGGUAGAUAUACUCAACCACAUCAUAUGAACAAACAUAUUAAUGAAUUCUCAUUUCGGGCAUUGCUUGGAAUCUACUGUACAUUUUAUGGCACACAGUGACCUCAACCGUAGUCAAUCUCAGCUAAGUCUAAGCCUAUUGUUUGUAUGCUGCUUCUUUUCAAACGUUAUACAGAGCACAAGUAUUUAACAAGCACCCUAAAUAAUAAACACCCUAAAAUUUUCUGUGUAAUUUUCUGUGAAAAUUUCCUCUUUUCCUCUGUUUUUUUUCUCUGCCAAGUUUUUACCAAAAUUGGCAGAGAAAUAUCAGCGUACAGUAAAUGUGCUCUCUGCCUCCACAUUCACACUCGCAUGCAGACACAGACACACACACAUACACACACGCACACACACGCACACGCACAUGCAAAGCAUAUUUGCUUCCAGUGUUUUAACAGAGGCAGAAGAGAUCUGAGUGCCCAUUCUCAGGGUCCCAUUGAGGUUACACUCUCUCGUUCGACAUUGCUCCUUACCUGUGGAAACCUUGUUUCAAUACGGUGGGCUGUGCAGAUUAUGGGGAAUUUAAACCACCCAUACCAUGUAGAAAAGUGAGUGGAUUCUUUUGCCUUUCCUAAUUAAAACCACCUAAUAUUAACAUUAAUUGUUAGAUAAACCAAUGCCAAUACAAAUACACGCACACAGAUACAUAGUACACAUACACACGUGUGCGUGCACACACACACACACACCUAAACAGGUGGAUGCAACUCUGUAUAUAAGUGCCAUUUCUUUUCAAGUCUUCCAGGCAUUCUUUUCUAGUGAAAUGCAUUUUGGGAUGUGGCAUGAGAAGGAGGAUCUUGGCUGGUGACAGCAGCAGCUAGCAUAGGGAAAGGAUCAUACAGUAGGUGGUGCGUGUGCAGUGGUGUAGAGGUCAUUGACGAGGUGGGUAUACUAUUAAGUAGACAGGUAGGUCACUAAAGAGGAAGCGGGUACACCCCUCUACAUAUUUAAAUGGCUUUUUGGCUGAUCUAUAUAUAGAUAUCUGCGUAUACCCUCCACUACACCACUGUGCGUGUCUUUUUAGUCAGUGUCUCCCACAAGUUGUAGCAAUUUGCCCCAUCAAGGCAUGUUACCAAAAACAUGUUCAACAUGCAUGAACUUUAUAUAUCGGUGCCAUAACAGUAGUAGGUGGGAAAUUUCUUCACUUUUCUCAAAACUCUAUAUGUAUCAGAGAGGCUGGUAUGACCUCAGUGUCUUUACAGUGGAAUCCUAAAUGCAUUUACAAAUAUUUUGUUUCUCAAGCUCUGUGCCAAGCUGGUGGGUGACUGGAUAAUUACAACAGAGAGGAGAGGCCAUUGGCCUUGAGAUGGAGCUUGUUCCUGGAAGAAUACAGAUUAGAAACAGUCAUCCUAACUGAAUUAUGUAGUUUAAAUGUAGUUGUAUAGUAUGUUUCUCUCAAUAGAAUUGUCUUAUUUACCUCUCAUUAUUGUAAAGUACCAUAGUAAAUAAUUAUAAGCGAGAUGAAAUCUGUUUAUUUUGUAAAGAAGCUACAGAAUCUUAAAUAACCUUGUUUCCUCAUCCAUGACUUGAUUUGGUUGUUGUUGUUGUUUUGUCAGAGGGUGUGAUAGGAUAGAGAGCAGGCCGUUUGGUGGGCAGGUUUCCCAAAGGCAUUGUAUUUGAAAGACCAUUUUUGUCCAGUCAGCAUACAAUAGAACAAUGAUUUUUAGGUCUACGGGUGGAUUUACACCGGCAGGAAGAUCUGAAUUGUUCAGGGCACAAAAAGCAGGCUGUUUCGUGGCUAUUUGAACAGCAUAUUAAAAGUAACACAGAUGGAGGCCAAAUCUGUGUCACAGGGAGUUCGAAGAUCAGAUGGUCCUCUCAUCCGUCUUGGGAGCCCUGCUCAGGCGGUAGCAGGUUGCUGUAUUUGUUUAGUUUCAAGAGCAAGGAAGCUGCUGGAUUCAGCUGCGCCAGGUCAGGCUCUGCACUUUCUGUGAAACACACCGUCAGACUAAGCCUGUUUUUUUUGUUUUUUUUUUUCAUCAGUACAAAUGUAGGCACUUUUACUCACUCACUAGUCAUGUUUUUGAAGACAUUAGUGAUCAUUAACUUCAGACAGUGCAGUUGCUCCAAUAGACCACAAGAUGGCCUGAUUCUGACACUCAGGGUAGUCGAGGCACAACAGUAAUCUGUAUGGAAACUAAAUGCAGCCAACAAAUCAAAGUGUGUGAGCGGAGAUCCAAGCAGCAACAGCUGAGAUACACGCAGCACCAACAGGCACAAGCUGUACUCUGGUGUGUGUUUGAUAAGAUGAAGACAAUGGAAAUGAUGAAUAAGUCAACAUUAAGCACAUAAAAAAAAUGAUAGAAUGAUUCUUAGAAGCACAUAGUGGAGCUCUCAAAGCAAGCACACAUUUUUCUGACCACAUUUUUAACAGACUUGUAUAGAAGAGUAAUCAGAUUAUGGAAACAUGCAGGAUAUUUCUAUACAUUGGAGACCUGGUGCACUUGUAGUAGCUCAUGGCAAUAGGUGUGCACCAUGGAUGUCAAGUUUGGCCUGCAGCUACUGGAAAUGUCUUAACCGGUCGCACUAGUCUUAGGGCAUUUGAACAACCUUGUGAACACUUUUAUUUGGUUUUCAUUUUUUUACCGCAAAACGUCCUCGUGAAAUCAGCUAAAUUGUGUUCUCACAAGACCAGGUGCUUUACCAAACACUACACCACACCACGCCAUCUUUAACGCAGGCGCAGUUCGGGGUUGGAACAUAAACUUCUAUAACGGUGGUGUCUAAUGAAAACUGCACACUGUAUAUAAAUGCUGUUUCUUUUUAUUCCGAUUCUUCUCAUGCCAUUGCAUUUGGGAUUCCAAGUCGAGGAAAAAUUCAGUUUUCAGUGAAUUUUCAUUUGCUGACAAAAAAAAAAAAGUGAAUACAAAACUAUUGCUCCCAUUGUAAAGUGGGACUGCUUGUAGCUGAGGCUUUCCUGUUUGUGACUGCCUGUCCUCUGUGUUGUUGAUGUAGUGAGUGAAGCUUAGCCACAACGCUACCACGCUAUCCCUCUAUUUAUCCCAUCCCUCACAUCUCUGCUGGCCUCACAACUAUUCCUCCCUUUGUACAGUAAUGUAAAAAAAAUAAUAAUAAUAAUAAUCGGACUGGUGUGUGUAUGUGUGUGUGUUUCUCUUUGUUUUUAUUCGGGGCGGGGUGGGCAGGUAGGCGUGUUUUUGGGAGGGGUACUGUUUCAUUUUUGCAUUUGUUUUCGAUUGCUUUAUUUUCUUGUAGUGUAAUUUAGCCAGCGUCGAGUGUAUCGUGUACUCUGUGUGUAGUGGAUUAGCUCUUACUGCUGAGCCUGCAUGUAGAGCGGGCGUAGUCUUAAAUAUUGAUGUCAAUGUACUUCUAAUUCAUCAGAUCUAGCCAAGUCCUAUUCUGCUAAUAUACACAGUAUACCUUUUAAAAGAUUUUUUCUUUUGUACUAAAAGAAAGGAGAAAGAAACCUACAUAUUUUAUCUUCAGAUUUUAAUUGUUUGUCCAUGUUUGAUGACACUACUUUUCUUUUUCUUUUUUUUUUUGUCUGUCUUUUUAAAGAUGUAGACAAAUGUGUAUAAGAAAAAGCCAGCUGAUAUCAAAAGCAUUGCCAAACAAAAAGCUUUGGAUCGAAACUUGAACUAGUUUUUACUGUGAGCUUGGUGGAGGUAGCAGCUGCAGCUAGGCCGUGCUUUUUUAACAGUAUCAAAUGUACUUCAUUUUACACAGUGCAGUGCCAAGAGUCAUACAGUGUAUAUCGUUCAAAGCGGUGUCGCACAUAUGAGUGUACCACAGGGCAACUCUAACUCUGUUUAUAAUCUGUUUACAACAUUCGGCGGCCCUUCCCCCAAGCAGCCUGGCUUUUUCAAUCUGGUUGGUGUAUUUUAAACAAAUAUGUAAAAUCGAACAGCAGAUUGAAUCAAUAUGGUUUAGGGCCCAUCAGCACGUCCAUGAACUGUUUCAGACUCAGAAUACGACAGUGUCCUCACACUUGACCCAUGUUUCCAAGAUCAGCCUGCUGAUACACAUUCGUCCUCACCCAGCUCUGGUAGAUAGUGCUGCCGGUGUCAAAACGUCAAGUUGUCACUUCAAAAGUCUGCUGGUUUGUGCAUAAGACUUUGUGAGGCAACCUUAUGACAUUGUAUACACGCCAGACAACGGGUCCACUAUUUGAAAUGGAUUUGUUUGCUUUUCAAGGAUUGAGAGGAGUCAAAGCCUCUGAGAAGGCUAACGCAAACACACAACUUAAUGGAGAAUGGCAUGAAUUAAUAACUGACCCAGGUCUGGAUAUACUAAUAACACCAUUGCUCACUAUCACCUCACACUGAGAAAGUCUCUGGAUGUUGAAGAAUGUGGACUACAAGGUUUUGACCAUUUUUGUACACAAACUCGUUGUGCAACUCCUCUACUGUACUAAAAAGAAAACUGUGAUUUUUAUCUUUUUUUCUUUUUUUUUUCUCCCUGCAAUUCGGUGUAAAUUGCAGAAAUGACCUCUUGAAUCUCUUACUGCUACUCAUAAGCAUAAUGUCUCAUGUUUCAGCACUUUAAAGAAAUCACUUGUUUUUAUAAGCAACAGGAAAAAAAAAUAUAAUAAUAAAUAAUAAUAAUACACUUCCAUUUUGAAAUAUGUACAAAAAAAAGUCAAGUAAUAAUGUUUUUUUAGUAGUUUGGCUGGGGAAAAACAGUGUACAAGUUUCAGUAGAUGAAUGCUGUGUUGUUGCUAAGCCAAUGUAAAUUCUUUUCACGGGAGGAAAGGAGAGGAAAAGCACAAAUGAAGAGAACACAGUUCUUCUGGUACUUUCGAUCAUAUCUAUCUGUCUAUCUAGCUAACCAUGUCUGUUCUUCUUGUUCUUCAACCUUUAGGGCCAAAAUCCAUUGAAAUGUCUUAGUCCUGUCAGCUGUAUAUCGUAAACUGUUCAAUUACAAAAUGGUAAAUAAAAUCUAUUUUAAAGAUCA